CUCUCCCCCUUCCUCAGAAACAUGAUCCCGGUGACAGAGUUCCGGCAGUUCUCCGAGCAGCAGCCAGCCUUCCGGGUGCUGAAGCCAUGGUGGGACGUGUUCACGGAUUACCUCUCGGUCGCCAUGCUGAUGAUCGGAGUGUUUGGAUGUACUUUACAGGUCAUGCAGGACAAGAUCAUCUGCCUUCCGAAAAGAGUGCAGCCUGCUCAGAACCACUCUUCCUUUCCCAACGCCUCCCAGGCAGUUAUGAGCACCACCCCGCUGCCUCCACCCAAAGCCUCUCCAACCAACCCCGCCACGGUGGAGAUGAAGGGCCUGAAGACGGACCUGGACCUUCAGCAGUACAGCUUCAUCAACCAGAUGUGCUACGAGCGGGCCCUGCACUGGUACGCCAAGUACUUCCCGUACCUCGUGCUCAUCCACACGCUGGUCUUCAUGCUGUGCACCAACUUCUGGUUCAAGUUCCCCGGCUCCAGCUCCAAGAUAGAGCACUUCAUCUCCAUCCUGGGCAAGUGCUUCGACUCGCCGUGGACCACACGGGCUCUCUCCGAGGUGUCCGGGGAGGACUCGGAAGAGAAGGACAACAGGAGGAACCACGUGAACAGGUCCAACCCCGUCCCGUCUGGUCCCGAAGGCGGCCUGGUGAACGCCCAGUCCCUGAAGUCCAUCCCCGAGAAGUUUGUGGUUGACAAGUCUACCGCGGGAGCUCUGGACAAGAAGGAAGGGGAGCAGGCGAAGGCCUUAUUCGAGAAGGUGAAGAAGUUCCGGAUGCACGUGGAGGAAGGCGACCUGCUGUAUGCCAUGUACGUCCGGCAGACUGUGAUCAAGGUCAUCAAGUUCCUCAUCAUCAUCGCGUACAACAGCGCGCUGGUCUCCAAAGUCCAGUUUACGGUGGACUGUAACGUGGACAUCCAGGACAUGACGGGCUAUAAGAACUUUUCUUGCAACCACACCAUGGCUCACUUGUUCUCCAAGCUCUCAUUCUGCUACCUGUGUUUUGUGGGCAUCUACGGCUUGACGUGCCUUUACACCUUAUACUGGCUCUUCUACCGCUCCCUCAGGGAAUACUCUUUUGAGUACGUCCGGCAGGAGACUGGGAUCGACGACAUCCCCGAUGUGAAGAACGACUUUGCGUUUAUGCUCCAUAUGAUCGACCAGUACGACCCUCUCUACUCCAAGCGGUUUGCGGUGUUCCUGUCCGAGGUCAGCGAGAACAAGUUGAAACAGCUCAACCUGAACAACGAGUGGACCCCCGACAAGCUGAGGCAGAAGCUGCAGACGAACGCCCACAACCGCCUGGAGCUGCCUCUCAUCAUGCUCUCUGGCCUCCCGGACACCGUGUUUGAAGUCACGGAGCUGCAGUCCCUCAAGCUGGAGAUCAUCAAGAACGUCAUGCUCCCCGCCACCGUCGCCCAGCUCGACAACCUCCAGGAGCUCUCCCUGCACCAGUGCUCCGUCAAGAUCCACAGCGCGGCACUGUCUUUCCUCAAGGAGAACCUCAAGGUCCUGAGCGUCAAGUUUGACGACAUGAGGGAGCUGCCGCCCUGGAUGUACGGCCUCCGGAACCUGGAAGAGCUCUACCUCGUUGGCUCCCUGAGCCACGACAUCUCCAAGAAUGUUACCCUGGAGUCCCUGCGGGAUCUCAAAAGCCUUAAAAUUCUCUCCAUCAAGAGCAACGUCUCCAAAAUCCCUCAGGCCGUGGUGGACGUGUCCAGCCACCUCCAGAAGAUGUGCGUUCACAACGACGGCACCAAGCUGGUGAUGCUGAACAACUUGAAAAAGAUGACCAACCUGACGGAGCUGCAGCUGGUCCACUGUGACCUGGAGCGCAUCCCCCACGCCGUGUUCAGCCUGCUCAGCCUCCAGGAGCUCGACCUGAAGGAAAACAACCUGAAGUCGAUAGAAGAGAUCGUGAGCUUCCAGCACCUGCGGAAGCUCACCGUGCUCAAGCUCUGGCACAACAGCAUUGCGUACAUCCCCGAGCACAUCAAGAAGCUGACCAGCCUGGAGCGGCUCUUUUUCAGCCACAAUAAGGUCGAGGUGUUGCCUUCCCACCUCUUCCUGUGCAACAAAAUCCGAUACCUGGAUUUGUCCUACAACGACAUUCGCUUCAUCCCGCCCGAAAUCGGGGUUCUGCAGAGUUUACAGUACUUUUCCAUCACGUGUAACAAGGUGGAGAGCCUUCCCGAUGAACUCUACUUUUGCAAGAAACUUAAAACUUUGAAGAUUGGGAAAAACAGCCUCUCCGUGCUUUCGCCCAAAAUUGGGAAUUUACUAUUUCUGUCCUACUUGGACAUCAAAGGCAACCACUUUGAGACCCUCCCCUCUGAGCUGGGAGACUGCCGGGCUCUGAAGCGAGCCGGGCUGGUUGUGGAAGAUGCUCUGUUUGAGACGCUACCCUCGGAUGUCCGGGAGCAAAUGAAAGCAGAAUAACUUAUUUUUCAUCGAAAUAUGACUGAAACAUGCUUCUACCAAAUACAAUAUAAAGAAUUAGGUAGUCUUAAUGCCUUUCCUAUCUUAUUUUUGUUUUUGUUUUCCUUUUUCACACAAGACAUAAUGUACACAAAGAUUAAGUAAGGAGUAUGUAUUUUUUAAUAAAAUCUUAAUUGUAUUUUUUCAGUAUUGAUAUUUUAAAGUUCUGUUUGUCCUGGAAGCUAAAGCACCUGUUUUUGUUUCCUGCCAACAGGCACAGGAUAGGUCAUCUGGCUUUAGGCUUUCUUUUCUCACUUCAGUUUGUUCUUGUGAGAGAG